AUGAAUAUCGCGCAGCCGGUUGCCUCCGAGGUGGAGAGCGUCGAGUUCACCUUCCUCUCCGCCAAGGAGAUCCAGGCCAUCUCCGUCAAGCGCAUCGAGAACGAGAGCACCUUUGACAACCUGCUCAACCCGGUGCCCGGCGGCCUGUACGAUCCGGCUCUGGGAUCAUGGGGCGACGCACCAUGCGCUACCUGCAACCUGAACCAGAACAACUGCCCGGGACAUCCAGGCCACAUCCAGCUGCCGGUCCCCGUAUAUCACCCGGUCUUCCUUGACCAGGCCUACCGAUUACUGCGAGCGACGUGCGUCUACUGCAAGGGCUUCCGUCUGCCUCCCAAGGACCUACACAAAUACACCUGUCAGCUGCGCCUCCUGCACCAUGGCCUGAUACACGAAGCACACAUGGUGGCCACCAUUGGCGAGAACGACCUGGCCGUGGAGAUACGAGAGGCUAUUGGUGAGGGAGACAGCGAGGCCGAGGAGGACAACUCUGGCUCGGAUGGCGUGACUCGACAGCGAGAAAAGUACGUCCGCCAAUGCCUCCAGGGCAUCAAGAUGAAGAGGGGCGAGGCCAAGAAGGGCAAGCAUGAGGGCGCCACCGAGAUGCGCCGCGAAAUUAUCAAGGAGUUCCUCGCCGAUAUCAUCAAGAAGCGCGAGUGCUCCAGCUGUGGAGGCAUUUCCCCGACCUACCGAAAGGAUCGGUUUGUCAAGAUCUUUGAAAAGGCUCUCUCGUCAAAAGAAAAGGCAAAGAUGGCGCAGAAGGCGCUCAAGUUUGGCGACGCCAUGACACGAGAUGUCGAGAUGGGAGACGCAGACCACUACGACGACGACGACGAUGACGAUGAUAUUCCAGAAGAGGGCGCCCAGAGAUACAUUAGCUCCAUGGAAGUGCGGGCGAGACUGGAGGAAUUGUUCAGGAAAGAGCAGGAUCUUCUCUCACUCGUAUACAAUGCCAAGCCUCCGACGCAGAGCUCACAGAAGGUCACUCCCGACAUGUUCUUCAUCACAGUCGUCCUGGUGCCGCCGAACCGAUUCCGACCAGAGGCCCGCACGGGAGACUCGCAAAUCUCCGAAGCCCAGCAAAACGCCCUCUACAAGAACAUCUUGGGUUGCUGCUCAAGAAUUGCCCGUGUCUACAAGGGCCUGGAGGAAAAGACGUCGGACAUGGCGAGCAUGCAUCAGGCCUGGACGGAGCUUCAGGACGCAGUCAACUCGCUCAUCGACAAGAACAAGAACCCUGUUCAAGGCGCCGCCGCCGCGCGAACCGAAGACGGAAUCAAGCAGUUGCUCGAGAAGAAGGAGGGUCUUUUCCGCAAGAAUAUGAUGGGAAAGCGUGUCAACUACGCUGCGCGAAGUGUCAUCUCCCCCGACCCCAACAUCGAGACCAACGAGAUUGGUGUCCCCCCGGUGUUUGCCAAGAAGUUGACCUAUCCCGAGCCCGUUACUAGUCAUAACUUCAAGGAUAUGCAGCAGGCGGUGAUCAACGGCGUCGACAAGUGGCCCGGCGCCUUUGCCAUUGAGAACGAAAAUGGCCAGAUUGUCAACCUGCGCAACAAGUCUGUCGACGACCGCAUCUCUCUCGCGAACCAGCUGCUGGCGCCCACCAACAGCAACUCGGCGCGCACGAGGAACAAGAAGGUCCACCGGCACCUCACCAACGGCGACGUCGUCCUGAUGAACCGCCAGCCCACGCUGCACAAGCCGUCCAUCAUGGGCCACCGGGUCCGCGUCCUGCCCGGCGAGAAGACGAUUCGCAUGCACUACGCCAACUGCAACACGUACAAUGCCGACUUUGACGGCGACGAGAUGAACAUGCACUUCCCGCAGAACGAGGUCGCCCGCGUCGAGGCCCUGCAGAUUGCCGACACCGACCACCAGUACCUGUCGGGUACCGCGGGAAAGCCCCUGAGAGGUCUGAUCCAGGAUCACAUCUCCGUGUCCGUCGCCCUCUGCAGCCGCGACACCUUCUUCAACCGCAGCGACUUCCAGCAGCUCAUCUACAGCGCCCUCCGUCCCGAGAGCGGCCACAUUCUUGGGGAGCGGAUCCAGCUGCCGCCGCCCGCCAUCAUCAAGCCGGCGCCCCGGUGGACGGGCAAGCAGGUCAUCAGCACAAUCCUGGCCAACAUGAGGCCGCCCAACUGCGGAGGCCUGACCAUGUCUGAAAACGCCCAGCUCAAGGCCGAGCAAUGGGGCGCCGGGUCGGAGGAGGGCGUCGUGCUGAUACAGGAUGGCGAGUUCAUAACGGGAAUCCUCGACAAGUCUCAGAUCGGACCCAGCUCAAGCGGUAUGAUACACGCCGUGCACGAAAUCUACGGACCCGCCAUCGCCGGCAAGCUGCUCAGUGCCCUGGGUCGGCUGCUCACAAGAUACCUCGGCAUGCGAGCCUUUUCCUGUGGAAUGGACGACCUGAGGCUGACGGCGGAGGGAGAGGCGGCGCGACGGCGAGAGCUCCUCGCGGCCGACAAGCUGGGGCUCAAGAUUGCGUCGAGCUACGUCUCGCUGGAAAACCAAGAGGACGCCCAGAACCCGCUGCUGCUGGAGCGCCUCGAGGAGGUCAUGCGCGACGACAGCAAGCAGGAGGGUCUCGAUUUGCUCAUGAACCAGGGCUCAAAGGACAUUACGGACGCGGUACAAAAGGCCCUGAUCCCCAACGGCCUCGAGAAGAACUUCCCCAAGAACCAGAUGCAGGUCAUGACCACUUCCGGUGCCAAGGGAUCCCGUGUCAACGCGUCCCUCAUCUCUUGUAACCUGGGACAGCAGGUUCUGGAGGGUAGGCGUGUGCCGGUCAUGGUGAGCGGCAAGACGCUGCCCAGCUUCCGGCCAUUCGAUACCAACAUUCGGGCGGGCGGCUACAUUGUCAACCGAUUCUUGACGGGUAUCCGGCCACAGGAGUACUACUUCCAUCACAUGGCCGGACGAGAGGGUCUGAUUGACACGGCCGUGAAGACAUCGCGUUCAGGCUACCUGCAGCGCUGCAUCAUCAAGGGAAUGGAGGGUCUGACGGUCAACUACGACACAUCCGUGAGGGACGCGGACGGCUCGCUGAUCCAGUUCCUCUAUGGUGAGGACGGACUGGACGUCACGAAGCAAAACUACCUAAAGGACUUCCGGUUCAUCCUGCAAAACGUCACCUCAGAGGCGGCGCAGCUCAAGUACGACCCCAAGGUCGGCGAGCGCCUGGGCGCCAACCGCCAGGCGUUCCAAAAGUACAUGAAGAGCGCCGUGCGCCACGCCAAGGCCGGAGACCGGAAAGGAAAGGAUCCCCUGACGGCCAGCUUCGAUCCGGCCACCAACGCCUUUGCCACUUCCGAGACGUUCUACGAGGCCAUGACGGACUACAUCCGGGAGAACCCCGACGGGCUCGUGCGGGAGAAGAACAGCCAGGACAAGGCGCCUCUCCAGCAGAAGGUGACGCUCAACAAGAAGAACGCGGAGAUGCUCUUCGCCAUGAAGUACCUGCGGUCGCUGGUCGAGCCCGGAGAGGCCGUGGGCAUCGUCGCCGGCCAGUCCGUGGGCGAGCCGUCGACGCAGAUGACGCUCAACACCUUCCACUUGGCCGGCCACUCGGCCAAGAACGUGACGCUGGGUAUCCCCCGUCUGAGAGAAAUCCUGAUGACGGCCAGCAGGACGAUUUCCACGCCCGCAAUGACGCUGUAUCCCAACCCCGAGCUGUCCCAGCACGACACGGAAAUCUUUGCCAAGUCCAUCAGCGUGCUGCGGUUGAGCCAGGUGCUGGACGGCAUCGUGGUGGAGGAAUUGGUGGGCAAGGGCAAGCUGCGCGGCCUCGCCAAGAUCUACAAGAUCAAGCUCAAGUUCUUCCCCGGCUCCGAGUAUUCCAGCACGUAUGCCGUCACCGUCUCGGACAUUAUGACGACGGUGGAGAAGAAGCUGCUGCGCAACAUCCUGUCCAUCCUGAAGCGAGAGGUCAAGAAGCGGCAGAGCCAGUCGACGACGGCGACUCCCGAGGUUGGCGUCAAAGCAGGCGUUGUCGAGACGGCCAGGCCGGAGGGAGCAGCGGAGGGCGGCCGGGACGACGAUGACGAUGCCGACGAGGAUGACGACGACGACGCCACCGGUGCCAAGAACCGAGCGAACCGGAGCGAGGCCGUCUCCUACGGACCCAAUGACGAGGAUGACGAUGCGAUCCAAAAGGACCUAUCCAAGGGGGCAGAGUACGAUGUGUCAGACGACGACGACGACGACGAAGAGGCAGCAGCAGCAGCAGCAUCAUCAUCAUCAUCACGAAGGAAGAAGGAAGACGAUGAUGAAGAUGAGGGUGAUGACGAAGGCGACGAGACCAAGGCCCCUCAGUCAUGGUCGGCCAAGCUGCGGACGGAGCGCGUGCUCAACGCGUACGCCGAGGUGACGGACUUCCAGUGCGACGACCGGGGCGGCGAGUGGUGCAACGUGACGCUCGAGUUCGACGUCAACAUCCCCAAGGUGCUGAUGCUCAACAUUGUCGAGGACGCGGUGCGGCAGACGGUGGUGCAGCAGGUGGCGGGCGUGGAGUCGUGCCUGGUGUCGCAGGAGAAGGGCCAGACGGUCAUCAACACGACGGGCGUCAACCUGCGGGCGAUGCAGCGCUACAGCGACUUCAUCGACCCGCACCGCAUCCAGACCAACGACAUCGCCGCCGUGCUCGACGUCUACGGCGUCGAGGCGUGCCGCGGCAACAUCGUGCAGGAGCUGUCGGGCGUCUUUGGCGGCCACGGCAUCAAGGUCGACAACCGCCACCUCAACCUCAUUGCCGACCACAUGACGCGCAACGGCGACUUCACGGCCUUUAGCCGCAUGGGCCUGCGCGGCAACGUCAGCCCCUUUACCAAGAUGAGCUUCGAGACGACGCUCGGCUUCCUCAAGGACGCCCUCAUGGACGGCGACUGGGACGACCUGACGACGCCCAGCAGCCGCCUCGUCAUGGGCAAGCUGGGCCGGGUCGGCACCGGCGGCUUCGACGUCUUGACGCAGCUUCCGACGUACUAUGUGAAUGCGCUGGCAUAA